CCUGAGCUCCUGCCGAGGCCUUGCCAGCUACGCUCAAGAUGCCACCAGCCAUCGGAGGCCCCGUGGGCUACACCCCUCCCGAAGGCGGCUGGGGAUGGGCCGUGGUCAUCGGAGCCUUCAUCUCCAUUGGCUUCUCCUAUGCCUUCCCCAAGUCCAUCACGGUGUUCUUCAAGGAGAUCGAGGUCAUCUUCAACGCGUCCAGCAGCAAAGUCUCGUGGAUCUCCUCCAUCAUGCUGGCGGUCAUGUACGCAGGAGGCCCCAUCAGCAGCAUCCUGGUGAACAAGUACGGCAGCCGGCCCAUCAUGAUUGCCGGCGGGUGUCUCUCCGGCUGCGGCCUCAUCGCGGCCUCCUUCUGCAACACCGUGGAGGAGCUCUACUUCUGCGUGGGGGUCGUGGGCGGCCUUGGACUUGCGUUUAACUUGAACCCAGCCUUAACCAUGAUUGGCAAGUACUUCUUCAAGAAGCGUCCCCUGGCUAAUGGACUCGCUAUGGCAGGUAGCCCCGUGUUCCUGUCCACCUUGGCACCUGUGAAUCAGCUCUUCUUUGGCAUCUUUGGCUGGCGAGGGAGCUUCUUGAUCCUUGGCGGUCUCUUGCUGAACUGCUGCGUAGCUGGAUCCCUGAUGCGGCCCAUCGGCCCCAAGCCAGAUCAGCUGAAGAAAGAGGCCACUAAAGAGGUGCUGCAGGAAGCUGGGAAAGCGGUGAAAAAAGAUGACGGAGCUGGUGACACCAACACAGACCUCAUUGGCGGGAAGAGCAAGAAGCAGAAGCGCACAAUUUUCCAGACAGUCAACAAGUUCUUGGAUCUGUCCCUGUUCACGCACAGAGGCUUCUUGCUCUAUCUGUCAGGCAACGUGAUCAUGUUCUUUGGACUGUUCACUCCCUUGGUCUUUCUCAGCAAUUACGCAAAGAGCAAGAAGAUCGCUAAUGAGUCUGCAGCCUUCUUGCUCUCCAUCUUGGCCUUUGUAGACAUGGUGGCCAGACCUUCCAUGGGCCUGGUGGCCAACACCAAGUGGAUCAGGCCCAGAGUCCAGUAUUUCUUUGCCAUCUCUGUGAUCUACAAUGGCGUGUGCCACCUCCUGGCCCCUAUGUCCACCACCUAUGCUGGGUUCUGCAUUUAUGCCGGGUUCUUUGGCUUUGCCUUUGGCUGGCUUAGCUCAGUCUUAUUCGAAACCCUGAUGGACCUCGUGGGAGCGCAGAGGUUCUCCAGUGCUGUUGGCCUCGUGACUAUCGUGGAGUGCUGCCCGGUGCUUCUGGGACCCCCUCUGCUAGGUAAACUCAACGACAUGUACGGGGACUACAAGUACACGUACUGGGCCUGCGGGGUCAUCCUCAUCGUGUCCGGCAUCUACCUGUUCAUCGGCAUGGGCAUCAACUACCGCCUGGUGGCCAAGGAGCAGAAGGCGGAGGAGAAGCUGAGGAACGAAGGGAAGGAGGAGGAAACCAACCUGGACGAGGCCGAGAAGCAGAAAGAGGCCAACAACGACGUGGCCACGCUGCCGCAGAAGAGCACGGAAGAUGGUGUCAAAGAGGAGGAGAGCCACAUGUGAGGGACUGGUUUUAAGCCCGGGCGUCGGGGAAGCACCGUUGCGCUGGAAUGGUGCUGGGGAAGGGCUCUGCUGGCGCCGAGCAGCCGUGAGAAGUGUCUAAACCAGGGGUUCAUUUUAGCCAGGCUUGGAACUGUCUUUCCAUCAGUGUUCAACAAAGGUAACAGCUCCAUGUGCAGUAUCCUCGUGUGCGGGGCCGGCGCGGGGGGAUUUUAUAUUCUGGCUUUUUAACAGUAACAUGAAUGUACUAAUAUGUGCCUUAGGUCUUUAUAUCUAGCUGAUUCUGGAGGAGCCUUAACUCUACCCUGUAAACCAGGCUUUAGUUCCGUGUUCUGCUCGGGGUAUGGUGUGUGUGUGUGUGUGUGUGUGUGUGUGUUGGGGUUUGUUGUUAAAAAGCCAUAAAAAGCUGGAUACUGGACUUGUUGAGGCACGAUGGGCUUCAGGGCCAAGCCCCGAAUGAAUCCUGCUUCACACGCUUCUUACUGCAGGCUCUUGUGCAGGAGGCAUCUGGGCAUGGAGCAGGGGGUGUCCAGCUUGCGUGCCAGACGCCGCCUCACUCUGUAGCUGGUCUCUAGAUAUGUUUUGAAAACACUUUAGCUACUGUAGAUUUCUUUACAAAUUCCUCUUCUGUAGUUACGUUCUCAUGGGG